GUCUUCGACAGAUUCCGAGGUCUCACCGUCCUGACCUGACGGACGGAGAAGGAGGGGAAGACGAGGAUGAGCAGCGGAUGACGCUCGCUCAGGCGUUUGAGGACGACGACGUAGUGGAGGAGUUCAGGGUAGAGAAGAGCGAGCUGACGUCACGAGACCGGCCCAAGGACGUCGACCUAACGUUGCCGGGGUGGGGCGCGUGGGGCGGCACCUCCCUCAAGCCAUCCAAGAGGAGGAAGAGGAGGUUCGUUGUUAAGGCUGCGCCUACCGUGCCGCGGCACGACAAGGACAUGGUCAAUGUCAUCGUCAGCGAGCAGAAGAAUCACGGACUAGCCAAGCACCUGGUAACUCAGGUGCCGUUCCCGUUCAGCGAAGCGUCGAGCAGUACGGAGAACAGCCGUCGCGCCUACGCCCCUGACGAGUCGUCGCUCUGCCCCCCGCGGACCCGCCCGGCCUACGCCGCCUCGUUGCGCCACCUGUCCGAUCACGUCAGCUCCGGCGCCAAUCUACGAGCCGAUCGACGCCGGCGGGGCGGUUAG